AUGUUUAAUCGCAUCCAAUCCCAAUUUCCAAGAUCCGAUACUGUGGCACUUACUGGUGGUGAUUUCAAACAGUUGAUCAGCGAAAUUACUGACCGAAUUAUCAUGAAAGUGCGUGUGCAAGAGGGCUUUGACAGUCAAUUACAAGAUCCGGUUGGUCUCGAUAGACUACUCGAACGACAACUUCAAUUCAAACAGGUUCAAUUGAAACAAGCCGGCGAUCAAUUGUGGGAUUCACUCUAUUGGACACGCGACCUCACUCGACCUGAUAAGCUGGCUAAAGUAAUCAAUACUAUCGUUCAGAAAAACUCUACCGGUACCAAUCACUUUGUGUACGAUAGCCAGGCAGCCAAGAAUGUACAUAACCUCGAUUUGACUGAGCAUGAUAUUGAUCGAUUAGAACAACUUGAUAAUUUGCUGGCCGCCUAUGCCCGCUCUACUUCAUCGUCCAACUCUCACGCGAGCAGUUCUAAGAGCAAAGGAGGAUUUGGCUUCAAAAUCUUCAGGGCCAGUGGUGGCAAUGAUCGUAGUAGUCAAUCCCAAUCGCAACAGUCUGAAGAUACGCAAACAUUAACUCACUCAAUCCAUGACAGAAAAACAGACACCAGUCAAUUGAACACUACCAAGAUUGAAAUGAGCAAUGACACACAGUAUGUGCUCUCACGUACCGACGUCGAAGAAUAUCUAAAUGAACUGUCGGAUCAUGUUCAUCUAGAGGGUGAACUCAUACUUCCAAAACCGAUCGAUGCUCACCUUAUCAAACUGAGUAAACUGCGAGCAGAGACAAAACUUCUCUCACACACUGUUCUCGUUCGCACUCGAAGUAACGUUCACGUUCUUCCUUUACGAUGUCCAUCAAAGGAAAAUAUGCAGAUGGCUGCUAAUAAAACGAAUACAUAUCGUUGGCUCACGGAUAAAGUGGAAGAACUGCAAACGACUGUCGAGAGGCUUACGCAUCGAUUAUCUAGAAUCGAGAGACAUACAUCGGAACGGAUAACUGAAGUCGUACAAAAUUGCACAGAUGAAGUAACUCAAGCACAAGAAAAAUGGUCGAUCAAGGCAAAUGAGUUUAACAAUCGAUUUACACUCAGUAGCGAUCAACAGAAGCAACUUUCAGAUCGUAUUGCACCACUCUUAUCGACCGCAUUUAUUGGUGAUAUACGUAUCUUUGCUGGUGCUUCUGUUCCACCAUUGAAUUGGCUUAUUUGUGAUGGGACUGUUGUUAAACGAACUGACUAUGCGAAACUAUUCAACGUGAUUGGUACAAUCUACGGAACGGGAGUUGAAGAUACAUCACAUUUUCGAUUACCUGAUCUACGUGGUCGCGUACCGAUGGGUGUCGAUGCAGAAGGAGUUCGUGUUACACAUGCAAAAAUAUUAGGUAUAGUGGGUGGUCAAGCAGUACAUGCUCUCAGCGUAGAUCAACUGCCGUCCCAUGAACAUGAUAGAGGACAUUUACAUGUUGGAAUCGCUGGCGAACAUACGCAUGGGAUUCACGAUCCUGGCCAUAAACAUCAUCUACCUCACAAUUUUAUAGUCGGCAACGGACCAAAUACUGGCCCUUACGGAGUUACUAGGGAUCAAUGGUUGAAACACGAUCGGCCAGAUUCAGCACCAGCAACGACGGGCAUUGGGAUCCAUGCAUCUGGCAGCCAUCAACAUGAGAUUGGAGGGAAGACAGGUACAACGGGUGGUGGACAACAGUUUUCUUUGCUUCAGCCAUUUCAGACAUUUAACUAUAUCAUUUAUGCUGGAAAUUAA